AGUCACUGGUUUUGCAAGCAGGAUCUGUUCUGUAGUUGUUCCGAAGUAGACAUACGACUCACUAGUUGCAUCCCUAGUUUCUUGAUUCUGUAGCGUUGAUCGUCUACCAGCACUAGGCCAUACUGGUUUUUCGAAGUCCGCAUAAGUACCAAUAGACAUAGAGCGUCAGCCACAAAUUUUAUACGAAAAUGGGCGGCCUUUCGGAACUCGAUGUCGCCGAGCUCGAGCAGCUCGUGGAACACGCGAAGAGACCACUGGUAAAAGACUUCUUAACCAGCCAAAUCCAGCAGAGCAAGGCGCAGAUCGAGAAAACCCGGCCGAAACCGGUGGUGUUGGACGACGAUACGGGUGCGAUGGACGUAUUGAAGACCCACGGCGAGGCGAGUGCAGCGCCAGCUGGCGCCAGCGCCUCAUCGGACGCGAAUUUGAAGUAAGUAGUGGCCUCUUCUACUUGGAAAUAUUAAUAUGUAAGUAGUGUCUUGAAGAUGACCACCAUGAUCUCCUGAUGUAACGAGGAAGAGGAACGGCUCAUUUUGAUUUUGCAUACCAAACUCCCUACAUACAAACAAACUCCUAAAAAUCUCUCAGGUGGACCGAGGUGAGCAUCUACGAGAUGAAAAAGGGCGGUGGGUACAACGACAAGGAGGUCGUCGUGGACUUGCGGCUCAAAGGCGUGGAAAAUCUGCCAGCCGAAAACAUCUAUCAGAAUGAAAAAUCCCCCCUCCCCAUAUCGAAAACGAAAUUUGUGAUGCUGUAUUUGAGUACACAAGUCGACUUGUAAUGCUAGAAGGCCAAGAGACGCAGCUGUGGCCUCAUUUGCAGGCAAUUUGUCAUGCUGUUUCCCACUCCCAGCUACCCCAUGUCAUGCUGAAGAUGCAAGGCUUGCCCACGCCAACCAGCACUACAGUCCGCAUCUUUUCCCUUCUAGCAUGACAAAGCUGAAGAUUUGUGGCCAGGGCCACAAAUCUGCAUCACAAAUUUCAAGUUCGCGUAUGGGGUGGGGGGAUUUUUCAUUUUGAUAACAUCACAACGGAGUUCACCCGGAUGAGUUUGGAUGUGAAAGUGAAAAACCUGGACGGGUAUGGAAGCGUCAGGUUUGAAAUCGUCAAAGUUGAAAUAAUUUGCCAUGCAUAAAAUGGAUGCCAGUUGAAGCCCAGUUUCCAAGUGGCGCAUGACAAACUUGGGUAGAGCCUAAAUCCAGUUUGUCAUGCUGUUUGGGUAAGGACGACGCCUUUUGUCAUGCUACUUUAGCAGCUCUAUUUCUACCCCACAGCAGGCUUGUAAUCUGCCUCCCUUGCAUCGUUUGCAAUAGAGACAAUUUCUGCGUUGCAUUUUAUGCAUCGCAAACUAUUUCAACUUUGUCGAUUUCAAUCCUGACACACCCAUAACAGGGUAAACUACCGGUUCAGAAGAACCGCGUUGCAGCACGACUAUCGAGUGCAAAAGUAUCGUACUCGUACCAAUUGCGUUUAUGCAUUACAAAUCUCUUUACUAAGGCAAAUCCGCAUUACAAAUUUGAUUUGUAAUGCUACGUGAAUUUGUAAUGCAAUUUAUACUAGUACGAUUCUUUUGCAUUUCAUAACGACAUCGUGGCGGCAAAAUCGUCGCACUCGGUGAAGAAAAAUCACGUGCUCAUCACCAUGCAGAAGGUGGAGGGAGGAACGAUGGGGUAAGUAAAGGAUUUUUUCUUUGAUGCAUCUCCUAUUUGAGUUGUACUUCGAACUCGAAAGACUAUGAUAGAAUAAUUCUAUAGCUGCAAGGGAAUUUACUUUUACUCAGCACGUUUAUCUGCUGUGGCAUGGUGCACAAAGAGGGGGAGCUGUAAAUCUUGUCAUGCAAAAGUACAACUACAAAAACACUAUCAGCUACGAGACCUGGACGGACGUCGGGGGGCGGCGAAAGCGAGAGGACGAAAAACAGGCGAACAAGGGGAAAGCGGCGGAUGCAACGGGCGGGAUCAUGAGCAUGAUGAAAGACAUGUACGAUGAGGGUGACGACAGCAUGAAACGCAUCAUCGGCGAGGCAAUGUCAAAAGCGUACCAGCCGGGCGGGCCGAAGCAGUCCGAUAUUGACAACAUUGGAAAGUUCGACAUGCCAGGGGAUGAUAUGAUGUGAGUUUUGGGUGAGCAGGUCGUGCUGGCUUUCACCACGAGUGAAGUGGUAAUUGCUCAGGGAGAGGGACGAGGUGAGGUUCGUUCAUGAGCAUCCUACUUACGCCGCCAGAUGAUGUGCCGCAAAAAUCCUUAAAGCAGGAGCAAAACAUAGAUUUUUUGCUUUGAAAGGAAGAAGCAGCCCUUGCAGCGAUUGUCAUAAAAGUUCAAAGCCGCGCUUCUACUAGCCUGUGAACAAUAAAGACCGCAACUCCAACAUUCAGUUUCGAAGAAUUAUCGCAGCGAACGCAAAAAGCGACAACAU